CAUCCGAGCAGGGCUGCGACAUAAAUAAACAGGACUUUUUUUCUCGGACUAAACAACGCCUUGCUUGUGUUGAAGACGGUAACUAGCUGUGUUGAACCUGUUAAUAAAUGUGUUAGCGCGUUAAUGCCUCUGUGGCGUUGUUAUGAAGGAGUAGCUGUGUCAUUAUCAGGCUCUGCUUGUUGUUGACGCCGACUACAGCUAACGGUUAAUAAGUUGAGCUCCACAGCUCACUAACAAAUCUCUUUCCUCCGGGCUGCCGACUAUAAGACCUUAACAUGCCAAAGGAGGCAGACAACCUUGAGGGUGGAGGAGACAAGGAGGCGAAGGAGGAGAAGGCGCAGGACUCUUCUGAGGAGAUGGUGAGGAAGAGGGUGCGGGCAAAUACUCCGAGCCCGCACAGAGGGAACACUCCACAAGCCAGCCCUCCUAGAUUUGUGUCUGUGGAGGAGCUGAUGGAGACGGCUAAAGGAGUCAACAACAUGGCUUUGGCCCACGAAAUAAUGGUCAACCAGGCUUUUCAAGUCAAACCUGCAGAGCUUCCUGAAGGAAGUUUGGAGCGCAAGGUGAAGGAGAUUAUGCACAAAGCAUUCUGGGAUUGUUUGGAAGCUCAGUUGAAGGAGGACCCGCCGUCGUACGACCACGCCAUCAAACUGCUGGCGGAGAUCAAAGAGACACUGCUGUCUUUCUUGCUGCCGGGACAUGGACGUCUGCGGUCCCGUAUCGAAGAGGUUCUGGACCUGCCUCUAAUCCAGCAGCAGGCUGAGAAAGGAGCACUCGACAUCGGUCAAUUGUCCCAGUUCAUUGUUGGGAUGAUGGGCUCGCUGUGCGCCCCCUGCAGGGACAAGGACAUCAAUAAGCUGAAGGAGACUGACGAUAUUGUGCCUCUGCUCAAGGCCAUAUUCUCCAUGUUGGACCUGAUGAAAGUGGACAUGGCUAACUUUGCAGUGACCAGCAUCAGGCCUCAUCUGAUGCAGCAGUCAGCUGAGUAUGAGAGGAACAAGUUCCAGGAGUUUCUGGAGAAACAACCCAAUGCCUUAGACUAUACUGAGAAGUGGCUUGAGGACACAGUGAGAGGCUUGAAAGAGGCUGGGACAGACGGUUCUAGUGCCGCCUCAUCUCCCCCACCUUCACUCCUCCCACUUAAUGUCCAUAAUCAUGCCUAUCUGCGCCUGCUGAAAUGGGACAACGCCUCGGACCCCUUCCCAGAGACAGUAUUAAUGGAUCAGGUUCGGUUCCAGGAGAUGCAGCAGGAGGUUGAGCAGUUAGUGUUGCUCUCCUCCGUGCUCCUCAUUGUCUACACUACCACAGGAGAGGCCAUCUCAGGCUUGCCCGGACUGAUGGAGACCCUUAAAAACACUGUCAACGUCAUGCUUGCAGACAUGCACAUGCCGUUUUUUAGUGCACAGGAUGCCUUAGCAACCAUUGGGGAGAAACUGUGUGUUGACCUGAGUCAGUGUCUCAGCCAGCAUGGCUACUCUCCCUUCUCUGCUGACCGGAGGAGCACUCUGAAGGGGCAAAUCUUAGCCGCCAUCCAGCCAGACAACACAGUCCGCAAGUUGAUGGACUGCCGGGUUCAGACCUACCUCCUGGCUUCCCUGGAGUCCAGUCAACACAAGACCCCUCCUCCUCUCCCAGGAGGUCUGGCCCCAGUCAGCAGGGAGCUGAAAGAACUCGCUGUUCGCUUCAGUCGCCUCGUCACUUUCAACAAGCUGGUCUUCUCCCCUUUCUACCAAAAGAUUCUCCAGAAAAGCCUGACGUCAGAGGAGUGUCCCAACGCAGAGACAUAAACACCACACAGUAGAGUAAGACGGAUGUGGAGAGUUGUCUGUAGUUUUGCAAUUUCCCCCUCACGUCUAACGGUUAAGUUUUAGAGAAAGGAGUUGAGGAAGCUGAUCUGUAUUCAGUGAGCUAAGCUGGCCUCGCAGAGUGUGUGCACCUCAAACAAGCGUAAUUAAAAAAAUAAAAAUAAAAAAGCACUGGCUACCAUCGCAGUUGCAUUAACUCACAGUGUUGCUUAUGUGAUAAAAUCUCAGGCCUCAUAAUUGUGACCUUACAAUGGCCAUCUUCUCUUCUGUUCAGUAUUGAAAUAGUUAGAUACUCAAACCAAUACGUGUUUUAGCACCAGAGCUACAACAAUGAUUACUGUUACCAUACAGUCACUGAAUAUAAACACAUUUCUAUCCACAAAGCCUACAAAAGAAUCGUAGCUAAGUAGAGUACAGAAUCUAAUUAGAGGUGAAGUCAACAAGGUGAAGAAUCAUGGCCCGUAUUUAUUAAGGAAAUAGGAGAUCAGUCCUUACUUGGACUCUGAUUCUCCAAGGGAUGCAUAUUUGUCCUGUUUUGGCCUUAAGUAAGUAAACCUAGUAAUUUUAUUAAUUGUUAAUCUCUUUGUCCUAAACUGUUAUCAGGAUUUGGCCAUCAGACACGCGUGCACAUUUUAUGAGACGUGUUAUUAAAAGAUACUGGUUCGAUUAAAAACUGGCCAAUCUUUUGUGUUGGAUGCAAAGCAAAACAUGUGCUGCUUUUGAUGGGGCUCACACAUAUGAGAGGCUACUUUGGACUUUAAUUGCGAUGUUUCACAAUAAGGUAGUAGGCAUUGUAAAACGAUCUAUGGACUGGGCUGACAUGGUUUAUUUCAUGCAGCUGGGACAAAUUGCCCUCUAUUUUAAAUGAUAUAUUUAUACAUUUAAGUCGUGAAUUUUGCCAACGACUGACAGUCCAAUGCAAAUGGCAUCACUUUAAGGAGAGAUUUAAACUAUUUAUUUUGGCAUUAUGUUUAGUAUUUUCCUUGUUAUAGAAAGGUGUGAGGUUACGAGAACUUUGGUUCCUGCAGGGACAUGUUCUCCUUUGCAUCACCCACCAGACAAAAAAAUUAAAUUUUGUCAAAAUUGUUUCCACAAACCUCCUUGUCAUCAAGCAUUCCCAAAUCACCUCUCCUCCCACAGAAUGUGCCUGCAUGUCUCUGCCUGACCUGCAUCUCCUGACAGGUUAGGACACCUUUGAAACUCUCUGAGAUGGUUUUUUUUUCUUUUGCUUUAAAAAAGUUGAAAAAAACAAGACCAUAUUUAGUCCCGAUUGAUUUCCUGCUGUGAGAUUCUUAAUAAAGACAGGCCAUGACAAAGUAGUCAAUAACAGCUCUUUCAGUAUAUGACAGUUUUCAAACUCAGUGGCACUGACACAGUUCAGUUAAUACUUAAAGCGUAUUGAGGUUUUGAUACCAAACGGAGGCAGCUGUACAGCACACACAGGUAAAAGACAGAUGACUACAUGCUGGGAAAUACAGUGGAUACACACUCUUAACACCUUUUCUUUUUACUGAACUUUCUCAUCAAUACCCUUCAAAUGAAAUUAGUCUUAACAGUUUUGUUUGGCUAGACAGCAGUUUCCAAGCUAAGGGGUCAAGACUCCACAAGGGGGUUACUAAAGGAAUCACUUUACCACAAGCUGGAAUAAAACAAAACACAAAGUUGUAUUUAUUUUUUCUGACUUUUCUCAAGUGCUUGGUUUUUAUUCUUGUGUAAUACUAGAUAAUUCAGUCCUCUCAAAACACAAGAUUAGAUGAAUUAAGAUUGGAUAAAAUGUUAACGUUGAGGAGGGAUAAAAUAACCAGGUGGAGUGUCUGUUUUGGCUAAUGCUGCAAAUUGAAUACAUAUAAUUUAAUACUUCAUUACACCGAUGUAAAAAUCAUUGCCAUAAAAUAGUUUGGCUCAUUGAAUUGCAAUAACAUGCACAAUGGCUCAACAUACCCAGAGCAAAACCGUAUGGCAACAACUCAAACGCUUAUAAAACAAAAAUGUGAGACUAAACAUUUCAUUAUUUUUAAGUAAGGUCAUUUUGCAACAGAAAAAAAGGUGUAGAUGUUUGAUAUCCACUGUAUGUGCACAAAAGAAAGUUCUUAUCAGGUACUGCUCAGUGUUAGACUAGAUUUGACGAACAUGAUCAGAAUGUAUUUGCAAGUAUCGAAGGGAAACCAGACUGGUGUUAUGGACCAACUAGAAUGAACUGUUGCUCUUUUUAAUUGUUAUUUAGUAAUUAAAUUAAGUUAACUUAUUUAUAACAUUGAUGAUGGUUUAUAAAUAUGUUUUAGAAUAUUUACUGUUCACAAGCACCUUGCUUUGCUGUUGAGUCUUGACAGUUCUCAUGCGUAUUUUACACACUACAGCCUAUUAGAUUCAACUUACCGCAGAGUAAUGACAGUGGUCGUAAUGUUUCUUCACUCCUCCGGGCUUCACCUAUUCCGCUAAUUACUGACACGUGUUCAUUGACUGAUUGGGUCAAUCGCACUGAUUCUUGUCUUUGAAUGUCCUUCCAACAUGUCAAUAAAACAUUGUAUGUCCCACA